AUGGCAGACCGCAACCGCUGGCAAGCAGCAGCUCCCCCUCCCCAUCCAGACCUCCUCGCGUUCGUCCAGAACCUGUACGACCAAGGCAUGGCCAAUUGGCGUGCCGUCAACACCCGGCUCGAGCAGGAUGGAUCUCCUUGGAGGUUUAGGUCGGAAUAUACCUUCCGUCGCUGGUGCGACGAGCAUGGGGCGGACAGGGCGGCAGCUCGAAGAUUCGGCCAGAGAAACAUACCGCAACGCCCCAUCGGCCUCUUCAACGGGUCCAACGAGCGGUGGUCUGGCGAUGGGUAUGACAAGCUCAGCGAUUGGGGCUUCUGCUUCUAUGGCUGGCAAGAUGUUUUCUCUGGCCAAAUCAUCAGCAUGUGCCUGCUCCCCAGCAAUGUCCAUCCUCAGAAUACCCACUGGGUAUUUCUGCAGGCGGUUCUGACAGCUUCCCUCGCCAGAUCGCGACUGAUCCCAGCUCCGAAACCGAUCAGUUAUCGGGGACGCACGCGUGGUUAA